GUCGGUGUCAAACAUGGCUGUGCUUCUGAGGAAAGAAAAAUGCUGAAUUGUGCUGGAGGAGUUGGAAGAAAAAAGAGGCAGACAUGGCUAGGCUGGCUGAUUAUUUCAUUAUCGUUGGAUACGACCGUGAAAAAACAGGUUCAGGAGAAGGAUCCGGCAAAAUCAUCCAGCGCUUCCCUAAAAAGGACCGGGAUGGCACAGCGUUCCCUCAGGGUGUGGAGAUGUUUUGCCAGCCAGGAGGAUGGAGGUUAUCCUGUGAACGGAAGCCUCCGACAUUCUUUACAGUGGUGCUGACAGACAUCGACUCAGACCGACACUACUGCUCCUGUCUGACCUUCUACGAGGCCGAGGUCAACCUGCAGGGCACGAAGACACUACAAGGCGACGAAGACGAAGACGAGGAAGAAGAUGGUCUGAUCCAGCCAGCUCAAGUGUUUGCACCCAAAAGUCUAAUCCUGGUCUCCCGAUUAGACUUUCCAGAAAUCUUCAGGGGCUGUUUGGGGCUGAUCUACACCGUUUACAUCGACAGUCUGAACUUCCCUGUGGAGGGCCUCGUGGCGAACCUCCUCACAUGCACUGUGCCUACAGCAGGAGGCUCCCAGAAGCUCUUUUCUCUCGGAGCCGGAGACCGACAGCUGAUUCAGACGCCCCUGAACAACGACCUGCCUGUUACCAAUAAAAGCAUCGCGCUCCUCUUCCAGCAGCUAGGUAUCCAGAAUGUUCUGAGUCUUUUUUGUGCAGUGCUGACAGAACACAAGGUUCUGUUCCACUCGACCAGCUACCAGAGACUCGGGGAGGCUUGUCGAGCUUUAGAAGCCCUCAUGUUUCCUCUCAAAUACAGUUACCCCUACAUUCCCAUCCUCCCGUCUGGGCUGCUGGAGGUCCUCAGCUCGCCCACGCCCUUUAUCAUCGGGGUGCACUCCAUGUUCCAGAGUGAAAUUCAGGAGCUGCUGGACGUGAUCAUCGCUGACCUGGACGGAGGAACGAUAAAAAUCCCUGAGUGUAUCCAUCUGUCUCAUCUCCCCGAGCCUCUCUUAAACGCUACACAGAGCUCGCUGUCGAUGGUUUUGCACCCAGAUCUGGAGAUAGCUGAUAACGCCUUCCCUCCUCCGCGCUCCGCUCCGUCCAACCUCAAACUGCUGGACAAAGAGGUGAGAGCGGUCUUCCUGCGCUUGUUUGCACAACUGUUUCAGGGCUACAGGUCCUGUCUGCAGCUCAUUCGCAUCCACUCCGAGCCCGUGAUUCACUUUCACAAGGCUGCCUUCCUGGGUCAGCGUGGCCUGCUCGAGAAUGAUUUCUUGCCCAAGGUGUUGGACGGCAUGGCCUUCGCCGGGUUUGUGUCCGAGAGAGGGCCUCCGUACAGAGCCUGCGAUCUGUUUGACGAGUUGGUGGCUUGUGACAUGGCACACUUUAAGGAGGAAGGGGAGAACCCAGGCAAACUUCAGAAGCACAUAAGAAAACUCUCGGAGCAGCUUUAUCGCAACGAAAAUCCCAACCCUCACAUGGCCUUCCAGAAGGUGCCUCGGCCCAGCGAGGGCUCUCACCUCCGGGUGCACAUGGCACCCUUUCCCCUGAUAGACGAGGAGAAGGUCGGGGAGCUCGUGCAGGACGGCCUGGCUAAGCAAAACCAUUCCAAUGUCAGUACGCGGGUCGAGAAGAAGUGCGUGGUGCCCGCGGGUUCGCCUGUAGUGUCAAUCACAGGGAAGGCCAGCUCGGUGUUCAACAGCGCUCGGCGCCUGGAGGUGGUGCGAAGCUGCAUCGGCUUCAUCUUCGACAACAAGAUGCUGGAGACGGAGAAGGCUCUCCCUGCAGCCCUGCGCGCCCUGAAAGGCAAGGCAGCUCGACAGUGUUUGACCGAAGAGUUCGGUCGGCACGUGCAGCUGAACCGCGCCAUCCUGGAUCACCAGCAGUUCGACUACAUCGUGCGCCUGAUGAACUGCGCUCUUCAGGACUGCUCCAAUUCUGAAGAGUACACGGUGGCUGCAGCUUUGCUUCCUCUGACCACGGCCUUUUAUCGGAAACUGGCCCCAGGAGUGAACCAGUUUGCCUACACGUGCGUGCAGGAACACCCCAUCUGGACCAGUCAGCAAUUCUGGGAGACCACCUUCUAUUCCGAGGUGCAGAACCAGAUCCGGGACCUGUACCUCAAUGCCCCUGAGGAGAAGUCCCUCAUCACUGCCAGACUCAAGGAUCCCGGGUCCUCCUCAGUACCGGCCCCCGCUCAAUCGGAGCGGACCGCUAUGGACCUAGCAGCCGAGCAGCUGCGCACGUGGCCGAGCCUUAGCAAGGAGAAGCAGCUGGAGCUAGUCAAGAGCGAAGAGAGCACGGUGUUCAGCCAGGCCAUCCACUACGCCAGCCUCAUGGUCUACCUGCUCGUGCCUCUGGACGCCAGCAAGAACAAGCUCCUCCGCACGACCGCUCCUGCAGCUGACUGGGAGAGCGGCAGCAACAGCAUCGUCACCAACAGCAUCGCCGGCAGCGUCGCAGAAAGCUUCGAUACGGAGAGCGGAUUCGAAGACUCUGAGAACAGCGACAUCGCUAACUCAGUGGUGAGGUUCAUCACUCGGUUCAUCGACAAGGUCUGCACCGAGAGCGGGGUCACCCAGGACCACAUCAAGAACCUGCACAGUAUGAUUCCAGGCAUCGUAGCUAUCCAGAUGGAAACUCUGGAGGCUGUCCAUAGAGAAAGCAGGAGACUUCCACCCAUCCAGAAGCCAAAGAUACUUCGGCCUACGAUGCUCCCCGGAGAGGAGUUGGUAAGUGAGGGGCUGCGAGUGGUCCUGGACCCUGACGGACGUGAGGAUGCUACAGGCGGACUUCUAGGAGGCCCUCACAUGCUGCCCGCAGAGGGGGCGCUGUUUCUCACCACCUACCGCAUUAUCUUCAAAGGCACUCCUCACGAUCCUUUAGUCGGCGAGCAGCCUGUGAUUAGAAGUUUUCCAGUGUCCACACUGACGAAAGACAAGAAGAUCACCAUUCAGAACCAGCUUCAACAAAACAUGCAGGAAGGCCUGCAGCUUCGAUCCGCUUCCUUCCAGCUGAUUAAGGUGGCGUUCGACGAAGAGGUGACCUCUGAAAUGGUGGAGAUCUUCAGGAAGCACCUGCAGAGGAUCCGCUACCCACAAUCCAUCUUCAGCACGUUUGCCUUCGCGGCAGGACAGAGGGCUCCACAGCUUCUCCUGCCCAAGCAGAAGGAGAGGAACACGGGUUUCCGCACGAUCUCCAAAACCAUUGUAAAAGGAGCGAAGCGAGCAGGCAAGAUCACCAUGGGUCGUCAGUCCACGCUGCAGAAGAAAAGCGAAAAAGGCAUGCGCAUGACCUGGAACGAGGAUGAUGACAUCUCGGUAUCGGACGACGGCGAGCCGCCCUCCAGCAGCACUCUGAAGGCCUCAGAUAAGUCCACCAUGGAGCAGCUGGUGGAGCGUGCCUGCUUCCGGGAUUACCAGAGACUGGGGCUGGGCACCAUCACUGGCAGCUCGUCACGCUCCAAAAGUGGAGAGCAGUUCCGAGUGACAGCAAUCAACAGACUCUACUCACUCUGUCGCAGUUACCCCGGGCUGCUGGUGGUUCCUCAGUCGGUGCAGGAUGGCAGUCUGCAGAAAGUCGCACGCUGCUACAGACACAACCGGCUUCCUGUAGUGAGCUGGAAACACCCUCGCACCAAAGCGGUGCUCCUGCGCGCUGGCGGCUUCCACGGGAAAAGCGUAGUGGGACUGUUCAAGUCGCAAAACCCCUCCACAACAGCUCCUGUCUCUUCGUCCGAGUCGUCCAGUAGUCUGGAGCAGGAGAAGUACCUGCAGGCCAUCCUCAGCUCCAUCCCCAUCUAUUUCAAAUCCAACGGCAGCAACACGCUGUCCAACCGCUCCCUCAUUGGCCUUUCUCCAGCAACAGAAAGAAGAACAUCCAGGAUACCAAAGAUGGUUCCGGUCCACUUGGACAUUUCGUUCUCCAACAGUUUUACCCGAGGAGUACUUGGGUACAAGGACAAACUAUUCACUCACACAAACCAAGCUAAAGGGAGACUCCACAAUCAAGGUGUAUGGGCGAGUCUGCGCUCCAGCAACAGGUUCAGCCAGCACCUCUCCGCAGCCGACGUCGGAGCACGGCUGGCAGGCAAAGAUCUGACGCCCCCUGCAGGAAGCGAAAGCCUCCAGAAGCAGCUCCUUAAGCACCAGGCGGCUCUGUAUAUCUUUGGAGAAAAGUCUCACCUCAGGGGCUUCAAGCUGGACUCCAUGCUGAACUGCGAGCUGGUGCCAGUGGAGUUUGCGGACACGCGGCAGACCAAGGCCUCCUUCAAAAAACUUUUGCGGGCGUGCGCUCCAAGUGCUACGUCUACCGAUUCCAACGACUCGUUCCUUAAAGCCCUGGAGGAGAGCGAAUGGAUCCUGCAGCUGCACAAGCUACUCCAGCUGGCCCUCAUCCUAGUGGAGCUGUUGGACAGCGGAUCCUCGGUGUUGCUGAGUCUGGAGGACGGCUGGGACAUCACCACGCAGGUGGUAUCUCUGGUGCAGCUGCUCAGUGACCCGUUCUACCGGACGUUGGAGGGCUUCCAGGUGCUGGUGGAGAAGGAAUGGCUGUCAUUCGGACACAAGUUCAGCCAGCGCAGUAACCUGACCCCCAGCAGCCAGGGCAGUGGCUUCACACCCAUCUUCCUGCAGUUCCUCGACUGCGUGCACCAGGUCCAUAACCAAUACCCACUGGAGUUUGAGUUUAAUCAGUACUAUCUGAAGUUCCUGGCGUACCACUACAUCUCCAGUCGCUUCAAGAACUUCCUCUUGGACUCAGACUAUGAGCGCCUCGAGCACGGCACAUUGUUUGAAGAUAAAGGAGACAAGCAGGCCAAGAGAGGGAUCUGUAUCUGGGAGUGUAUAAACCGAAUGCAUCGCAGGAGUCCGAUCUUCUUCAACUACCUGUACAGUCCUUCAGAGGCAGAGCCCGUCUUAAAGCCGUCCAUCUCUGUACCCAACCUGACCAAAUGGGAGUUCUAUACGGCCGAGACGCUGUCCACCGGACCCUCGUAUGACUGGAGGAUGCUGGCCGUGCCCACAGACAGCUCCGAGGAGCCGGACACUAUCGUCACCAGCAAGAGGAGGAUCGUCUGGCCCUGCUACAGCAGCGUAGCCCGCGCCCAGCCCGACGCCAUCACCAAACUACUGGCUGACAUUGAGAGAUUAGAAGGAGAGCUUGGUCAGGUGCCUGAGCGAUGGCAUGCUACUCUAGAGAAAGUGCGAGUCAGUAUACAGGACGACCUCAAACAAGAAGGCAAUCUCCGAAAACAGUCCGUGUCUGUAUCCGUCUCGGGCUUGAUCCCUACCUCUAACCUGCAGGCAUAUCAGCGCCACUCCAUGCUGCACCUCCCCGACAGCGGCCUGGGAGAGGACAGCAGCCCCACAGCGGCCAACGGCAUGAGUCGCCGAGCCGCAACACUCUAUAAUCAGUUUACACCCAAGAACGAUGAGAACAGGUCGUUUGAAGGCGUCCUGUAUAAAAGAGGUGCUUUACUUAAAGCAUGGAAGCGUCGAUGGUUCGUUCUGGACAUAACAAAACAUCAGCUGAGGUAUUAUGAUACGGAUGAAGACAUCAGCUCCCGCGGCCACAUCGACCUGGCGGAGGUGGAGUCGGUUGUACUCGCCACCCCGAGCAUAGGAGCUCCCAAAUACAUCAGUGAGAAGGCCUUCUUCGAUCUGAAGACGACGAAGCGGGUGUACAACUUCUGUGCGGAGAACGCUCAGAACGCACAGCUGUGGAUGGACAAGAUCCAGAGCUGCAUCUCGGACGCUUGAACCCCUGAAGACUCCUGGGAUCCUCGUCCUUCUUCAUCACCACCGUCUCCUUCCCUGCAGGGAGACUCACUGUGCGUUAGUAGGAGCAUAGCGAAGCCCUCAGUGCCUGUCCAAGAGCAGAGUGAGAUACCAGAAGAACACGCUUUUUUUAAUCACUUUAUCACUACAAAGUGCGCACUCAGGCUGCAGAGUCACUGCCACACUAAUCCUCCCUCCACGGAGCGCCGCUUAUUCCCAUUAAAUGGGUUUGUUUUACCGUUCAAACACUCCUGAGCUCAUCAGUCUUACAGUCACACUAAAACUCGCAACCAAGUGGAAUCGAAAUGCGUCGGAUUUAUUCAGAAAGGAUUUUGCUGCUUAAGGAAAGGAGCGCCAUAAAAAAGAGAGAGAGCAAUGCACAAUUUUAACAAGGCUGUUUAUUUGCACUUACUUCUUUGAUAUGCACUCCUUAAAUAUAUAAAUUUUGUAACGGAUAAAAAAAAAAAACAGGACAAAAAGCAUUACUUUAUGUACAACGUCUGUGUUUAUACCUGCAUACACUACAAAAAAUACUUUGCACACUAAAACAUAAAUAUAAAUAUCCAUUUUUCUAUUUAAGUCAUUGAUGUUUUAUGUCAUUUUUAACACAUGAAUAUGUGUCCGUGCGUAACAGGUCAGGUUUUGUGAUGUAAAUUAUUAUUAUUUUUUUUAAUCUUUAAGAGUAACUCGUGUAUGUCGCAUUGAUGUGUUUUUUGUAAAUAUGCGUCAUUUUUAUACUGUGGUGAAAGUGCGCUCGCUGGCUUACACUGUACACAGUACACUUAAUAUUAACCUUUAACUGACAUGAAGCCACAAUACACUUUUUUUUGUUGUUGUUUUUUUUUACAUUAUUUGACAUACUGACCAAGAAAAGUGCUUCCUCUCUGUCAGCUAUAUAUGCUUAUAAGACAUGAAGUCUUCUAACUUCAUACACUCGAUUUCUCUGUCCUCGCCGAUGAGCUCUGUGCGUGUCAAAAGGCUCGACUUUCAACCUGCGGAACACAACGCAGUUGCUUUGGGUUAGGUUUGUGAUUUUUUUUUUUGUUGUUGUUGUUUGUUUGGGUUUUUUGGACAUUACUAAGAAACAAAGCUGAACAAAAGUUUCUCGGACUUGACAGGUGGUUGCCUGUUCUUGUACCUGUAGCUCAUAGUGUUUUUGUGAUGCCACUAAUGUUCCUAUUCAGCUGUUUUUCUUUUUUAAUUUGAAAUAAAUGAAGAUGACUUGAACAUAA